UAAAGUUGAUUCAAAUCCAAGAUGGCGACGCCUAUGGCGAAGACGUGAUCCAAAGAAACGGCUCGAUUAGACGGCAUUUCAUAUUUGACUUUCAUAUCAUCGACUGUUGGAUUAAUGUCCCUUCGACCAUAACACUUAAAUAAACCAGGAAACACAACGGUGGAUUCACGCAAGCUGCUGAGUCCCGUGAGGUCAGCGCGCAUUAACGCUGCUGACUUGAUGUGGAGUGUCGUCUUCUUCAGGACAUGAUUAUGGUGUCGGAGCCAUGCAGGUGUCAGUGAGAAGGCUGGCUCUGGGCCCGCUGGCUGUUUCCCGGUUCGGCCACCUCAUGCGCCCAGUAGUCUGCCUCUGGUCCCACAGAACCCGGAACCUGUUCAGUGAGACGGGAGUGUGGGAGACUGCUUAUAAAACGGACACCCGACUCAGACUGGAAGAAUGGUGGCAACCACGAAUUAUGGCACAGUGCCGGAACGACGCGCUGGAGGAGAGUUCCAAGAAGAAGAAGUUUUACGUCCUCUCCAUGUUCCCGUACCCAUCAGGCCGACUGCACAUGGGACACGUGCGAGUUUAUACCAUCAGUGACACUAUCGGACACUUCCAGAGAAUGAGAGGCCAUCAGGUGUUAAAUCCAAUGGGUUGGGAUGCUUUUGGACUCCCAGCUGAAAACGCGGCCAUAGAGAGAGGACUCGACCCAGAGGAAUGGACUAAAAGUAACAUCCAGUCCAUGCGGGAGCAGCUGGACAGCCUCGGCCUUUGCUUCAACUGGGACCGGGAAGUGACCACCUGCCUUCCAGACUACUAUAGGUGGACUCAGUAUCUUUUUGUCAAGCUCUUUGAAGCAGGACUUGCAUAUCAGAAAGAGGCUAUGGUGAACUGGGACCCUGUCGAUCAGACAGUGCUGGCCGACGAGCAGGUGGAUGAAAAUGGCUGCUCCUGGAGGUCUGGUGCCCCGGUGGAGCAGAAGCUGCUCACACAAUGGUUCAUCAAGACUACAAACUAUGCCAAGCCUCUCCUGGACUCCCUGGUAGACCUUCCAGAAUGGUAUGGUGUCAAAGCCAUGCAGGAAAACUGGAUUGGAGAGUGUACCGGCUGCUACUUUGAUUUCAAGCUCAAGGUGAGCGGGGAGGAGUCGGGGGAGACUCUUUCGGCCUACUGCUCCGCCCCGGAGACGGUGUUUGGAGCGGCUUACGUGGCCAUCCUGCCCUCCCACCGGCUGCUGCACGGCAGAAGCUCCGUGCGUUUGGCUUUGGAGGAAGCCUUUCAGCCAGGCAAAGACUGCCUCACAGAAGUCACUGCUAAGAACCUGUUUACCGGCAUCGAGGUUCCCCUGGUCAUAUCCCGCGAGGAGGCGUUUGAUGGCCAUCUGGAAUCUGUGAUUGGUGUCCCAGACUGUAGUGAGGAGGAUCUUUCUUUGGCCAGAGCUCUGAAUCUGAGGUGCACGACUGUGCUGACGAGUGAUGAAGACGGGAAGCAAACGCUGAUCAACUCUGAUGAGUUCUCAGGCCUGACCAGAGAGCAGGCAUUUGACGCUAUUACACAGAAGGCUAGUGAGCAGAAGGUUGGUGGCCACCUUACCAGCUCCAAGCUCAGGGACUGGUUGAUAUCAAGGCAGAGAUACUGGGGAACACCCAUCCCCGUAGUGCAUUGUGGGUCUUGUGGUCCGGUUGCUGUCCCGGAGGAGGAGUUACCAGUUACGUUACCAAAGAUGCCGUCCUUUAAAGGAAAGGGUGCGUCGCCACUGGAGGCUGCUCAUGACUGGGUCAACUGCAGGUGUCCCAGAUGUAAAGGCCCAGCGAGGAGAGAGACGGACACCAUGGACACCUUUGUGGACUCCGCCUGGUAUUACCUGCGCUACACGGACCCUCAUAACCCAGACAGGCCCUUUGAGCGCCACCUAGCUGAUCGCUGGCUGCCUGUGGACGUGUACAUCGGAGGGAAGGAGCACGCUGUCAUGCACUUGUACUACGCUCGCUUCCUCUGUCACUUCUGCAAGGAUCAGGGUCUCGUCGCUCACAGGGAGCCUUUUUGGAAGCUGCUGGUCCAGGGUCUGAUCAAGGGCCAGACUUUUAAACUAGCAGACAGCGGCCAGUACCUAAAGAGAGAAGAAAUAGACUUCACAGACAAGGAGCCGGUGGUGCAUGGCGGUGGCCGUGUUGAGGUGUCAUGGGAGAAGAUGAGCAAGUCCAAACACAACGGGCUCGACCCCCAGGAGGUGGUGCAGCAGUAUGGUGUGGGCACAGUUCGACUCUACACCCUUUACGCCGCACCACCUGAACAGGACAUCCUGUGGAAUGUCAAGACGGACGCUCUGCCCGGUGUCCUGCGAUGGCAGUGUCGCCUCUGGAAUCUGGUGACCAAGCUGAGGGGAGCUCGGCAACUCGGAGACUUCCCCAGCCCCUCCCUGCUAAAAAAGAAAGAGCUGGCAGAGACAAAGAAGAUCUGGGAGAGUAAGAACUACACUAUUCAAGAGGUGACCUCUUACUUCACAGAGGACUUCCUGUUCAACGCGGCAAUAUCUCGUCUGAUGGGACUUACCAAUAUACUGACAAGUGCGACGGUGAAGGUGGUGCAGCACAGCGAGGAGUUUGAGGAAGCUCUGGCUGCGCUGGUUCUGAUGAUUGCACCCAUGACUCCACACCUGGCCUCUGAACUCUGGGCAGGUCUUUGUCAGGUACAGAACCCCAUGGGCGGGCUUCUCCAGCAGGGAGGAAACGUCCUGCAACAGUCUUGGCCAACAGUGGACCCUGAAUACCUGCAGGUCCCUGACUUUGUGCAGCUGUCUGUGCUGAUAAACAACAAGGCCUGCGGGACCGUGACUGUGCCUCAGAACGUUUCCAAAGACUGUGAGCGGGUGCAGCAGCUCAUCAUGGAGAGCCCGUUUGGACAGAAGCUUCUUGGAGACCGCAGCAUCAAGAGAGCCAUCCUCUCCCCCAGGACGGCCCUCAUCAACUUCCUCAUCGACGAGUGAUAUUUGGGCAUUCAUAUUAACUGUCACAAAUAUGAUGUUCAAAAUGUUUUUUUAUUUAUUCUUUGCUGUUUUUAAUAAAAUACUUGGGAUGCAGUUGGAUUUCUUGUCUAUUUUAAAAACUCCUUCAGCCAUUAGGCCCCUGUCUCUUUCAGAUCAUCCUCCCCUCUCCACUUUCUUAAUAAUACCAAAUGAGCCCGAGCCCCUUUCUCCCUUAGCACCAGAUUCAGCGUCGGACCCGGGACCGGAACUUCACACCUCUCCAUAUCCCAUAUGCCUAACAACUCAGCAGAGUCGCACAGUCCAGCUCUGCCUCAUCCACUGAUACUCGUUUGGCCUCUGGAACUGCAACAGCGCUCUCCGAACCCUGUGGCCACCACUAGGUGCUCCUGUCUCAGCGUUGGGUCACCAUGAGUCAGACUGAAAUGUGUCCAUCUGCCCACCCCCACUGGGCCAAACUUUAAUGGAUUGGUGAGUAAGCGCGUCUUUGAUGUGAAGCCCUUGCAGUGCCCACGUUGCCUGUGUCAUAUUUUCUCUGCUUUCAGAAUGAGAACGAAGAUGAAGGAA